UAGUAGCGCUACAAACAGUCACCUUUCGUAUUUUGUAUCAGCUUUCCAGAGAUUUCCACUCUUUUACUGGAUUUAUUAAGCACCCAACGUAAUUAAUAAAAAGUGUCCGAUUGAAAAUAUGCCCGUAAAGGUGGAUAUAACACCGCUACCGCCGGCAAACUCAAAGCAACCAGGUGUUACUAAGUCUCUGUUGUACAACGGGUCCAAGUUCCACGGUUUCCAGAAAUCCAAAGGGAACUCGUACGAAGUUGAGGUCGUACUUCAGCACGUGGACGAAGAAAACUCUUACCUUUGUGGUUAUCUCCAAAUAAACGGGUUAACAGACGAAUACCCAACACUUACCACGUUCUUUGACGGCGAAAUAAUCAGCCAAAAGUAUCCGUUUUUAACCAGGAAAUGGGAUGCCGAUGAGGAUGUUGAUCGAAAACAUUGGGGGAAAUUUUCUUCGUUUGAUCAAUACUCAAAAACUUUUAACUCGGAUUCUUUCGAUUAUAAAUCUUUAGCCGAUACGGACUACGUUUUUAUGCGGUGGAAAGAACAUUUUCUUGUACCUGAUCAUACAAUAAAGGAUAUCAGUGGGGCCUCUUUCGCUGGAUUUUAUUAUAUCUGCUUUAAGAAGUCGGAUGCGACCAUCGAGGGAUAUUAUUAUCAUCGUAGCUCAGAGUGGUACCAAUCGUUAAAUUUGACCCACGUCAAGGAGCACAGCAUCCAAAUUUAUGAGUUCAGGUGAAUCGGAGGCGCUAAUUACUAAAAAAUCUAAAUUCUUUUUAUUUUAACAAACUCUGAAAGGUCACUUUUAUGGAUUUACAAUUUUUGUGAAUACGAUGUAAUCGAAAGACUGAUAUAAAUAUAUUGUAUAGGGUUAAAUGACAUUAAAAAUUAAAUUAAUUGAUGAAUUGGUGUGUAAAAGUGGCCUUUUGAGGACUUUCCGGAGGAUAAUCGGAGGAAAAUUUUAGGUUAUAAAUGAUUUUUUUUUCUUUUAAUUCGGUAUAUUUAAUUAGAGCUUUACCAAUAGAAGUAUUUAUUUUUAAAUUAUGUUACUUCGCAUGUAUGAAAUGUUUAAAUAUAUUUUUUGAAUUGUUUUUAAAUGUA